GCGGCAAUUACUGUGAUCCGAUCGGAUAUCGUCGGGAAUAGACCCCCUCCACACCUCCGCUUAUGUUUUGUUUGUUAUAUAAAAAGAGUGCACUAUCACAGCUAUACCAGUCGUCAAGGCAUUUGUCUCUAAAGCAAAAUGUUCUCCAAAAUCGUCCUAACCUGUGCCCUAGUGGCUGUUUGCCACGCCGGUCUCCUGCAGCACGCACCGGCUGUGUCUUCUCAGAACAUCGUUCGCCACGACCAGCCAAUCCAACAUGAGGCUCCCAUCCAAUACGCUGAGGUCCACUCUGCCCCUAUCAUCCACGCAGCACCAGCCAUUCAUGCUGCUGAAUUCCACUCUGCACCAAUCCAUGCUGCUCCCAUCCAUCUCGCUCAGGCUCAUCAGGAGGAUCACUAUGUUGAUGAAUAUGCUCAUCCCAAAUAUGGAUACUCGUACUCCGUGGAGGACCCUCACACCGGAGACCACAAGUCCCAGCAUGAGACUCGCGACGGUGACGUCGUAAAAGGCGAAUAUUCCCUGCUCCAGCCUGACGGCUCUUUCCGCAAGGUUACCUACACUGCUGAUCACCACAACGGAUUCAACGCAAUCGUACACAACACACCACCCGUUAUCCAUCAUUAGACAUCCACGUGUAUGCAAUCUGUGAUAUUAGAAUUAUGCGUUAGUUUUUAUAGUGUGCAAUGUUCUCAUUUUCUAAAUUUGUAUGUUAAUGUAGUGAUUAUUAUUUUUAAUAAACACCAUCAAUCAAUAUUGUAAUCACGAAUGAUUCACGACAGUUUUAUACAAACUAUGUGAUUACAUUUUAUGCAUGAUUGUAAUGAAAACGUGUGGCAUAUUAUGUGUAUUUGUAAAUAAAAUAAAUAAUUAAAACAUG